AGUUCUCUCUCUCUUCACGUACCGAGAAGGUAUCGCUGUAGCCGCUACGACCGGCUAGAAAGCCGAUUUCCCUCUUUCUUUCUCUCUCUCUUUUCUCUCUCCAUCCUCCUCUCUCUCUCUCUCUCUCUCUCUCUUUAUCUCUUUCUCUCUCUCUCUCUCUCUCUUUCUCUCCUUCUAUCCUCUCGGCGUAUUUCAAAGAUAGUUCUCGUGAAAAAAGGUGGACUAAGAACUUGACUUCGGCGACUUCGAUGCCGGGAUAUUCAAUUAAUAGUGCUCGAAGUUUGAUCAAACUAUUUAUUAUAGGUAUCUAGUUAAAAUGUGCGAGAGUUCGAUAAAAGUGUUUUUGAUAUUAUCAACGAUCAAGGGAAGUUACAAUGAGGAAGAAUCAUAAAAUUCUUGAAGAAACUUACGGACAUACGUAGUUGAAAGACAAGAAGUGUCUUAAACGAUAUUAUAUAUACUUUAUACAGAUGAAAAACACGUGUGUGUGGAUUUUAAGGACAAGGAAUAUUUCCGAUCGCGAAGAAAGUAUGAUCGGUGUAUAUUCGCGAAAAAAGGACGGUGGAGCCUCGAGGAUCGCGAUACCGCUCCCCUACAUCUGCCCGUAGCAAGGAGGCCUUAAAGCGAAGAGGAAGGUGAAUCAACUCGAACGGAAAAACGCGCCUUCUCCUUCUGCAUCCUGCGACGGGAAAAACGUGCGAGUGGGGGAAAAAGAGAAAAAGGAGAUCUCUCUUUCUCUUUCUCUUUCUCUCUCUCUGUCUCUUUCUCUCUCUCUCUCUCUCUCUCUCUCUCUCUUCCUCUCUCUCUCUCUUUCUUUCAGGCGGAGAAAGAGAGAAAGAGAGAUAGAGUGCUCUCGAGCAAGAGCAGGAGCCAGAAGCGGUGGAUCCGGCCGAGUUGACAGUCGAAAGGCGAGCCAACGGAGGCUGGAACUCGCGAGUGGAACUCGUUAACCGGUUUCCGCGGAUCGGCAUGCAGAGCGACACCUAGUAUAUUCUUCUACGUGAGCCACCGAGUGUAUCUCCUUUGAUCCUUCUUUCUAUCUCUUUCUCUCUCUCUCUCUCUUUCUCUCUCUCUUUCUCUCUCUCUCUCUCUCUCUCUAUCUCUCUCUCUCUCUUUCUCUAUCUAUCUUUCUCUUUAUCAAAUCAUUCUUACGGACCGGUCUUUUGCCGAUCACCGAUUAGGAUCGUCACCUGCCAAUGAUGAUAGUAAUAUCAUGGAAGGAAAUAGGAACGGACUGCACUGUGUCUGAGAAACCUUAAAAAAAAAAAAAAAGAAAAAGAAAAAAGAAAAGAAUAACAAGUUCUCCCGACUUCGUACUUCGAGAAAAACUAUUUUUGAAUCUUCCUAAUUCUCGGGGAUAAAAGGGGAAUAAGUAGAAGUUCGAAAGUUUUUGAAUCUGUUAAAUGAAUUUGAUCUCUUUCUAGAAGAAAUUAGUGAAGAAAGAGAAACAGAGACUAUUAGUGUUAUCGAAAUAUAUAGAAAUAAGAAGAAGAGGACAACAACGACGACGAAUCGUAUUCGAGGCCUUCGAGAAUUCCAGACGAAUUCUCUGCUCGGAAGCUCAACUAUAUCCCAGAGUUGAAGGCGCCGCGACAAUUAAAGUGGAAAGUGUGCCUCGCCGGUGCUAAGUGCUGGUAGAUGCUACUACCAUCCCGUUGGUGGUGCUCACUAUGUAAUACGAUUUAGAAAGUGCCUUAAGGUGUGCCGUGAAACGUGUGUAAACUAGCUUCGCACGAACUAAUCGAUUAGGAAUUUGUAAAAGAAUUUUGUGAGAAUAGAAACGCGAUUUUUCAUGGUGUUCUUUUUUUUCAUUUAUUUCGUUCGUAUUGAAGCAACAGAUUAAAAAAAAAAAAAAAGAAAUAGCGUAACUCUUAAAAUGAAUUAAUUUACGGUGGUGGUGGUGCUACGAAAAAAAAGAAAAAGAAAAAAACGACAACAAUAAAAAAAAAAAUAAUAAACUAGAAAAGGAAAAGAAAAAAGAAACGAAAUUUUCAUUAGAUCGUUAAUGAAGAAGAAACGAUAGCGUCGGUGUGGAAUCGGCAGGGAGGUCGGCGGUAUCGUCGUCGAAAGGAUCGUAAAGGAUCGAAGGAGAAAGGGCUGCGAGUACGAGUCUCGAGUUCGAAGACGAAGCGGUGUAACGGUCGUCGUGGCAUGAGGAGGUUCGCACGCGGACGUAAAAUCCUGGCCGCAUUCUCCGCGAUUAUGGGACGCCUUGGAAAAGGCUCGCAAAACGCAACACGGCCCAUCUUCAGGGUACAUUAUCGCAAACUCGUCGACGAGUACUCGCAGCAACAACAGGAACAACUUAAAUUUAUGCCAGCGCUACCAGAUUACAUGUCCUAUUGUUGCUGUCGAUGCGGUCAUACGCAAAAACUCAAAGCGGAAGAAUUGAACACCAUAGUCGGCAAUGCUUUUCGUAUGGCGUACGUGGCGCAGCUUCAGCGCCAACCGAUCCUUCAGGAUGUAAUCUCGCCGCAAUCCUCACCACACUAUCGCAAGGACAAACAGGAACAUCGAACCUCCUGGAACAAAUCUUUGUCCGGCGACAGCUCGAUCGCCGGGAGCGGAGGCGGUUGCAGGAAUUCGUCCUCGAAUUCGUGGCUGAAAAGUCGGACGUCGCCCACGUCCAGAAGUGGAAGCGGUUCGUCCGCAGCGGACAUGAACGUACAGCUCGGCAGCGCCGGCUCGCCCACGUUGCGACUAGCCAGCGUAAAGACACCAAAUUCCAUCCCGGGUCUACGGCCGUCGCAUAACUUUACGAAUGUCCUCGGUCCAAUAACGAACGAGGAUGAGCCGAAAAGUAUUUCGCAGCAAAGUACGCCGAGUAGCGAUGAGAGCAAUUCACCAACGGAGUUGAACUCGUAUAAGAGACUGACGGACAAGCCACCGCUGAUAAAGCGUCUGGCGAUGGGCCUAACCGGUGGGCGCGACGUUCUCGGAUUAAAUGGUGAAGACGACAGCUGUCCCCUCGUAAGCGGUAGCAGCACACCAACUAGCCCCUCAAACAGGCCACAUUCCGGUGGCUAUAUCAACGAAGCGAUUAUCGACUCUGAAGGGACGAGACCGUCUUAUAAUAAGAUACAACCUUCCGAGACCAUCGAUAACACCAUCAAUGCUUCCAUCACUGCCAAAAACUUUAAUAUUGAAAAUAACAGGAUAGGACACAAUUCGCCGAGUUCGGGAACGGAAACGGAAUUUAAAUCGAAAAGAAGAUCACAAAUUAGUACCUCAAGUAGUUCGGUACCAGCAGAUGGGAGUACUCAUGGCUCGACACCGACACCCCCGCCUUUGCCAGAAAGAACGGACAGUUUGAAUAAUCGCAGCGAAGAAGCCGAAUUACGCAAAGCACCUUGGUUCCAAGCUGGCAUACCAAGGGAAAUAACGUUGGAAGUGUUGAGUCAGGAGCCGGAAGGAGCCUUCAUGGUACGAGAGAGCACCAGUAAACCCGGAUGUUACGCCCUUUCGCUCCGAGUGCCGCGUGAAUUUCAACCAAGCGGAAUCGCCCAUUAUCUCAUAAUGCGAACUAACAAAGGCUACAAAAUUAAGGGCUUUACGAAAGAAUUCACAACGCUGACAGCCCUGAUAACCCACCAUUCCGUAAUGCCAGAGCUGUUGCCAUGUCCACUGUCGUUAAGCCGAUACAAUCCCAGCUUCGUGAAGAGCGACUCGAACAAGGAUUUCGCGGACAUCGACUCGGAUCCGGAUUACAACACGCUCGCGGAUUUUCGCAAAAUGAUGGCCGAUCUGAACGUCUAGGAAAAGAGGAACAUGCAUUAUGUAAACAUGUUUCAUACGUUCAUAAUAACGCGGAAGAAUGAACAUUGUGAGUCGAUCUAUCAACGAACCGCAGUUUUAUUAAGAAGGAAAGACUCACGCAAGUCUGUGUAUAAAAAAAAAAAAGAAAAAGCCUACACGAUUUAAUCGAGAUCACGACGAAUGAUAAAUUGUGUUUAUUUGUGAGGAAGAUAAAUCAUGAAAAAAUAUUGGACGUGAUAUCACAAUGAAAGUAGGUUAGUAUUAUGAAGGUAGAUGACAUCGAACGUGAUUUGAAACGUAAUUGACAAAAUUCUUUACAAUUACGAUUUCACGUUCGGAGAUCAUCGAUAGUGAUAAAAAUCUAUAAGACUAUAAAUAAUUUUAGGAAAUAGCACAGAAAAGUGCGAAUCAAAAGUCAAUCGAUGCAAUGAGUGAGGACAACAAGUUGUUGAUCUAACUCUUAAAAACCAAUUAUCGUCUGUCUCGAUUGUUGAAAUUUCAAAAACAUUUUCUCAAGUAAUUUAAAGUGAUAACGUUGAAAUUUACUAUACCGAUCAAAGCUAUCCUCGUUAAUUUCAUUUUCUUUGGAUUUUGAUUCAAAUUUAAUGUUCCCUUUCCACAUCGAAAUCGAUUAUUUUGUUUUUGAAUUUCUUUUCUAUCGAAGCAGACUCAAUGAUCACGCAAACGUUAUAAUCAAAAAAGUGAAUUUCGAAUAUUGAUCAAAGUUAACGCUACACGAUGUACGCUUUAUGAGAAAACGAAGGUGAAAGAUUGAUCGAACUAUUGAAAUAACUUGUUUAAGUUAAUAAUAAUGUAUGGAUGUGUGUAACUUGAUAACAUACUCGAGUGUUCUCUUAAUAUAAAAAAAUAAAUAAAUAAAUAAAAAGGAAGGAAAAGAAGAAGUUAAAUGAACGGAUAGUUCGAUAUUGAUCUGAAAGUGGCUCGUUAUUCAUGCCAUAUUGAUGUUCGUGCGGCUCGAUAGUACGUUAUCAAAUUAAUGUAAAUGUGUUUAUAUGUAUAUAGAUGAUAAUUAAUGUUACGCAAAGCAUCUUAUAAUUUAAUUACGAAAGUAAAAGUGAGAGCAACGAGUAAACGAGAAUGGAGUAGUCGUGAAGUAGUUGGAAAAGCAAAAAAGUAAUUUAAAUAAAUAAAAAAGAAAAAGAGUAAAAAAAAAAAAAAGAAAAAAAAAAGAAAAAAAAAGAGGAACAUUUAGAAUCGAAGGACACAAUUAUAGUGCUACUUUAAUCGCUCGACUAACCUAGUCUUGUACAGAAGUUGUGAGCGUAGCUAGUGUUAUAAAUAUAUGAUUGCGCACGUGUGUGUAUAUCGACCGAUAAAAAAAAAGAAAAAAAUAAAGAGAGAGGACUACAAAAAAAGAAAAAAAAAAAAAGGAAGAAGAAGAAGAAUAAAGCAAAAUUGCGUGCCAUCUUUUGUACGCCAGAAAAGGAAAUACAUAAAUUCCAUUUUUAUCGAUCAUCAAUGAGUACCGAAACGAUAACUAUAAUAAUUGUAAGGGCGGAUAUAGUAUGGGCGUAUGAGGUAAUUGUCUGUAAUAAAAACGUUCGUUAUAUACAUUAUCGAAACUAUGGUUGAAUAAAAGCAAAUAAUCUCAUUCGAAUGCCUAGCACUUAUAACUUGUUGAUCUAAUCGUUCGAACGAACAAACAAUUCGAAAUUAUUAAUUUAAGCGCAGAAUUAAUCUACUAACGAAGAGACCUGUCACGCAAACGAGCGUAAUAUAACGAUAAUAUUUUCCGUAUUAUUUGUUCUUCGAAAUUCUUUUUCAUUUAUAAACAAAAAAGUAAGUUUCGACGAAUGAAAAUAUAUACGACCUACGUAUCGCCAAAUUGAUCAACAACAUUUAAAUAAUUGCAAAAGAAUCGCACGAACGAUCGACAAAAAAAUCAUUAAACCGCUGUAAGCUACACUAAGCAAGACAUUAAUCGAUGCUUGAGAUUUGUAAUGAAUUUACGAAUCAUUAUAGCAAUGCGUUGUAUAAUUUCAAUAAAAUUAUUUAUUGCAAUAAA